UUCCGCUUCCGGCUCUGACGGACGCUCCGGCCGUAACGAUGAUCGGGGACAUCCUGCUGUUCGGGACGCUGCUAAUGAACGCUGGGGCCGUGCUCAACUUCAAACUGAAAAAGAGGGACGCAGCACAGGGAUUUGGAGAGGAAUCAGGGGAGCCCAGCACAGGUGACAACAUACGGGAAUUCUUACUGAGCCUCAGAUACUUCCGGAUCUUCAUUGCCCUGUGGAACAUUUUCAUGAUGUUCUGUAUGAUCGUGCUGUUCGGCUCUUGAGUUCCCCCCCACCCAAGCACGGACCCAAGAUCACACCUUCCUGGAUGUCACCGCUGAGCUGCUCCAGUCCUGAUGACUUCAAGAAUGUUUCUGGAACAUUCCAGCGACCUGCCUGUCCAGAACAUUUAAUAUCGUGGGCAGGUGGAAAACCGUUCUCCCAAGAUGCCGCGCGCCUUUUUUUUUUUUCUCCCCUCCUCUUUUCAAAGAUGUUCUCGCUUUGGAUUCUGGACUUGAAUGGUGCCCACAGACGAGUUACGGAGGGUUAGUACCUGGAGCAAUGAUAACAUCCUGUCUUGUUCCUUCCAUCGCCCUGGAGUCUCUCUUCCAUCAGGCCUUCUCCCGGUACCUGCUUUCUGAGGGUGUUUUGGGGUUUCUUCGGAAGAACCGUCAUUUUGAGUAGAAUCGUCCAGAUGUCUCUGGCCACUUUUCCCUGGAGAGCUGAGCGGAAAGCUUGGCCCGUGCAGGGGUCUCGGCCUUUCUUUUGGACGGAACAAGUAAGUUCAGGGCUGCCGAGCCGGCCCAUAGAGCUUGAAGCAGUGAUGAGCCCACUGCCCUCAUUCCUGUCCCAUCCCAACAGCCUUCUGCUCUGCCUCAGGGCAGCUGAGCCCGCCUUCAGGGGUUUAAAAAAAAGAGCAGGUCACCUGUUAGAGGGACAGUGGCCUUCCCGUCUAAACACUAAGCCGAUAGCUAGCGGGGCGAGAUGAAUUCGGUGCCAUUAUUACCAAUUUCCCAAGGGAGAGGGGGGGGGGGGGGGGGGGGAUUCUGUGCAAAAUCAACGUCUCGCUUUGCCUUGAAGCCCGUGGUGAAGUGAAAUGACCCCGGGAUGGUUCCUUAUGGUACCAUUGCUGGAAUGAGUGGUGGGCAGAGUUUCUGGGUCAUUUUGAGCUGGAGAACAGUGAGGCUGGUCCUUAGAACCGUCGUGACUUCGGACUCAGUGCCUGUGAGAAGGGAACCCUGGUGCGCCCACCGGAGUGAAAUGCCAGCUGCCCACAUCCCAGAGGCUUUUGAUUAGUGGGCGCUUUUGAGAUUUUGACUUGUUAGUCAACCCAGAAUGGGGGGCAGAGAGGUUUCCAAACCUAAGUAGCAUUACAGAAGAUAAAAGUCUCUUUCUAACACGGGA